AUGUCACUCAGAAGGCAGAUCAAGGUAGAUGAACCAAUACCAGAUGCUUCAAGCCGUUUGGGGAUUGACAAUGGAAGUUGGUCUGCAAUAGUCUACCAGGCCCCAAUUGCCACAAUGAAAACAGAUCCUAAGAAGGCUCUCCUACUCCAUUUACCACACAGUUAG